UGAUUAUUUAAGGAAUAUAAUUGGGGAAAAAAGAAACUUCCUGUUUUAGUCCUGGUGAGAAGCAUAGCACCUUGAUUUUGGAGGUAUUCAGGACUAGUUUAAGAGCAACUAGCUGAUGUAGUUUGUAGAAAUCACCCUGGUGCUUUUAGCGAUCAAGUCAUCUGGAGAGCGGUCAGCAGUCAUUGACAUGAAGAGAGAACAAGAGGGGGCCGAGGAUGGAACCCUGUGGAACACUUUUUGUUAUCUUAACACUGUUUGACCUCCAACCAUCUAUGAAUACAGUUUGGGUGCGAGAAGAGAGGUAAUUUUUUAACCAUUCUACUGCGUGUUUGGAGAAAUGGAGGCAACUUCCUUUAUUCAGCAUGGUGUUGUGGUCGACUGUAUCAAAGGCUUUGGACAAGUCAAGAAAAAGACUGGCGCAGUACUGCUUAUUAUGAAGUCUACUGUAAAUAUGAUUCAGAGAUACAAUAAAAUUAUAUUAAAACAAAACAAUCACGACGUUUCGAUCACAACACAAGCGAUCUUCAUCAGGUGUCAUUAGGCCAUUAGGUGAUCUCAUCCGGAGUCAUGGCCUUCGGUGCCAUCAAUAUGCUGAUGAAACUCACAUCUCAUUCAUGUCAGACCCAGACUGGCUCCACAACCUUUGCCCCAUCACUAUGCUUGUCUGAAGUAGCUGUUUGGAUGGAGUAAAAUUUGUUGAAGCUAAACCCAGGAAAGACAGAGUACACGAUUGUCAGCUGAGAUCAGUGUCUGAGAGCGUGGCAAGGCCAGAUCGAUCCUCCACUAAUUAUUGGAGCUUGAAUGAGCGAGAUGGUGGUGAGUGAGUGAAUGUAAGCAUUGGUGUGAGAAGGUGAGUGAAUGAGUAAGUGAGAUGGUGGGUGACUGAAUUAAUGGGUACGUGCAAUAGUUGGUGGGUGAAUGAGUGAGUGAUUGAAUGAGUCAGUGGGUGAAUAAGUGAGAUCGGGUGAGGUGAGUUUAGGGUGAGGUUUGUGAGCAUGAGAUGAAUUCGGAUCAGGUGUGUUAAGAUAAGGUGGGGAUGACGUGAGUUAAGAUGAGGUGAGUUGAAUUGAGAUUAAACGAGGGGUGUGAAGAUGUGUGUUUACUCAAAAAAUAAUUUGAAUGAAUGAGCUUUUCCUUGAGUAUGUCGCCCAGUUUUGAUAUUUUAUGUCUUCGUUUUAUUCACACCGUAAAGUAUUGCGAUACCCUCUUUAGUGGGGGCGAGUUUUUAACUCAAAACUUAAUUUGAAUGAAUGAGGUGAGAGGAGAUGACGAGGUUAGUUGGUGAGUAGACAUGAGGAUAGUGGCGAUGGACUUUGACUAACCACCUCUGGUGCCGGAGACGUCUGUGCCCGCUCACACGUCAACACAUUCCAGCGCGCGCCUCGUAAUAUGCAAAUCAAUCUGAAAGCGUUCGUGCUUCCUUGUUUCACAUUUACAUGGCUUAUUUCUGGUUUAGCGUCUCUUAGCUACAGUCAGAGACUGCCUCAGCCACAACCAGCGACUGUUUCAGCCACAGCCAGCCAUUGGCUGCGCUACAGCCAGUGACUGCCUCAGUUACAGUCAGCCACUGCCUGAGCUACCUCCAGCGACUGUCUCAGCCAUAGUCAGCCACUGCCUGAGCUACAGCCAACGAAUGCCUCAGCCACAGCCAGCGAUUGCCUCGGUUACAGCCAUCCACGGCCUGAGCUCCAGCCACCGCUGAUCUCUGAGUGAAGGCACGGGCCCUGGCGAGUGCAGUUCCGAGUGGUAGCGAGGUUCCAGGAGAGUCGAUCUACCCCAUCUGCUUGGACGCAUUCCACUGCUCCUGCACGCUCAGCUGCGGCCACUCGUUCUGCCUCAAGUGCCUGGAGGGCGCCUGGGAGGCGGUCGCUUCCUUCUCCUCUUGCACGCAGUGCCGAGUGACCUUCCCUCGGAGGCCCCAGCUGAACAGGAACUUCACGCUUGUCAACCUGGUGGAGCAGCGCAGUAUGUCAGAGAAAAUGGCCAUCGUGGUCUUGUGUGACUUCUGCAACGAUGGCACGACUGCUGCCUCGAAGACCUGCCUCAGGUGUGAUACCUCCUACUGUGCGACUCAUGUAAAGCCUCAUCAGGAGAACCCGAAGUUCAGGGACCACAUUCUGGUGGCUCCAGAGACGAAUCAUGAAGAACGCAAGUGUGAAAAGCACAGAGAAGAGAUCAAGUGUUACUGCAGACAGAACAUGAGUUUGGUCUGUAGAACCUGCGCCAUCGCAGGAGACCACAAGGGUCACGAUGUGGCUACCCUGGAGGAUGAGCACAAGACACGGGAGAAACAAGUCAGAGAGGAUACGCGGGCGGUGGAAGAAUUGAGGAGGGAAGCAGAGGAUUUUGUGAGCCAGAUGGAGGCUGCUCGCAUGGACGAGCAGGGACGCCUGGAGGAGAUGCGCAGGACAGGGAGGGGUACAGGAGCUCCACCCUCAGCUUCCAGGCAAGAGGAUAUUGCCUCGCUUAGAGGCGCGGAGGGAACUGCUGCCAAACUCCUGCAUGGAUGCUCACCAACGCUGGACACAACCUCAGCUCAUGAAAAACUCCAUAUCUCCUCGGAUUUCAGGAAAAUGAAUCUGACCUGUGACUCCCAGGCUCGCCCCAAUCACCCACACCAAUUUGAUUUCUGGCCACAAGCUUUGUGCUGCGAAAGCUUCUCGUCAGGCCAGCACUACUGGGAGGUGGAUGUUGGUGACGCACGCUGGUGUCGUGUUGGAGUUGCAUACGGGACGAUCCCACGAAAAGGGGAUCGUGCUGCACAGUGGCUGGGAGGGAGCGACGCAUCCUGGAGUUUACAGAAAUCUAAUGACAGAUUCUCAGUGCUUCAUGAUGGAGUGAGAACCCCAUUGUCGGUGAGGGGGCACCCCUACCCCCGCAGAAUCGGACUUCACCUGAAUUGGGAGGGGGGGCUCCUGGCGUUUUACCGUACCGACUCCAUGGAGCUUUUGCACAAUAUUCGGCAGAGAUUUACAGAACCCCUGUACCCUGGGCUAUGUGCGGGGGAUUGGGAUGAACCAUUGGAGAUCGUUGAUCUAAGUCAUGCAUCCAUAAAAUAGUGAGAAAGAGACCAAAGAGCCUCACACAAAAAAACAAUAUAUGAAGGGGAGGGUGGCGGGGAGGGAGAGACAAGUGUGAGGGGUGGGUCAGGAGAAGGUGAGGAUAGGGUGAGAAUCGGCAGUGGAUAUGGUGUGGUAAGAAUGGAGGGGAAAGUGGAGGGUGAUAUGCGGGUAAGGGGAGACUGAGGUUCAGGUUGGUGUGUAUGAGUGAUGUCGCAGUGCAGUAAAAAUCGCGGGUGCAGAAUUAUGAGGGAUUUUAAUAAACAUUGAAUGGGGAAUCAGUGUAGCCGCAGAGUCCGUGUGGCCUCUCCUUCACCUGUAAUGUGCGCUCGCGUCAUAACACCUCCUCCCUGUGCAUCACCACCACCAUCACAACGAUCAGCAAUUAUCAUGCUAUCAAAACGAGUAACAAAUCCCGCCAUUCGCCACUAAGUAGUGGUGAUGUCACCACGGUACCAGUGCCAGGCCAAGUGCACUUUGAGGACACGU